GUGUGAGAGCGGCUCUCUCUCUCUCUCCCCCCCGCUCACAGUGCGCGAUGGUCCGGCCAGAAUGAAGCCGCUGCUCGCUGCUGUGUGGAUCUAAAUCACUCCGCCGGAUAAACACGGACUAGUUGUGCUGGGACGCGGGGCGCGGACUGGGUGGAUGGGUGCGCGGUGGAGGCGGAGGCGGAGGUAGCGGAGCGGCUUGAGUAGGAUGAGAGAGUGGGAACCGGAGCCGGGCUUAGAGAGGGCUGCAUCGGUACUCUGACCGAGCCACGGAGACACGUUUACACACACACACACACACACACACACACACACACACACACACACACACACACACACACACACACACUCGAGGAGUCCUCGGUCCUCCAGCAGGGUUCUCUCGGUCGGUCGGUCGGUCGGUCGGUAGGUGGUUGGGAUGGCAGCCCGGAGCAGGAGAGCCUGGUUCAGUGUUCUCCUCGGCCUGGUGCUCGGCUUCACCCUGGCGUCCAGGCUCAUUCUGCCCCGGGCCACCGAGCUGAAGAAAGCCGGGCACAGAGGCAGGACGGGCGGCGGGGGAGGCUGCGGCGUGGCCGGGCCGAGCAGGAGGGAGGGCGCUGGGCUGAGCUGGCAGGCGCCGGAGAACCUGGUGCCAACCGAGAGGAGCAGCCAGAAGAACCAAAAUUUCCUCUUCGUGGGUGUCAUGACUGCCCAGAAAUACCUGAACAACCGGGCGGUGGCGGCUUAUAGGACCUGGGCUCAGACCAUUCCUGGUAAAGUGGAGUUCUUCUCCAGCGAGGGCUCGGACACGUCCAUUCCCAUCCCCAUCGUGGCCCUGAAGAACGUGGACGACUCGUACCCACCGCAGAAGAAGUCCUUCAUGAUGCUGAAGUACAUGCACGAUCACUACCUGGACCGAUACGAGUGGUUCAUGCGUGCCGACGACGACGUCUACAUCAAGAGCGAGCGUCUGGAGAGCUUCAUGAGGAGCCUGAACAGCAGCGAGGCCGUUUUCCUGGGCCAGACGGGCAUGGGCGCCCGGGACGAGCUGGGUAAGCUGGCUCUGGAGCCGGGCGAGAACUUCUGCAUGGGCGGGCCGGGCGUGAUCAUGAGCCGCGAGGUUCUGCGCAGGAUGGUGCCUCACAUCGGACAGUGCCUGAGGGAGAUGUACACCACGCACGAGGACGUGGAGGUGGGGCGGUGCGUACGGAGAUUCGCCGGGGUUCAGUGCGUCUGGUCCUACGAGAUGCAGCAGCUGUUUUAUGAGAACUACGAGCCGAAUAAGAAGGGUUACAUCCGCGACCUGCACAACAGUAAGAUCCACCGAGCCAUCACGCUCCACCCCAACAAGAACCCGCCCUACCAGUACCGCCUGCACAGCUACAUGCUGAGCCGCAAGAUCGCCGAGCUGCGACACCGAACCGUCCAGCUCCACCGGGAGAUCGUCCAGAUGAGCCGCCACGGCAACACAGAGGUGCGGAAAGAGGACCUGCAGCUGGGCGUGGCUCCGUCCUUCAUGCGCUUCCACCCACGGCAGCGGGACGAGGUCCUGGAGUGGGAGUUCCUCACCGGGAAGUACAUCUACUCCGCUCUGGACGGGCAGCCGCCACGCCGCGGGAUGGACUCCUCGCAGAAGAUGGCGCUGGAUGACAUCAUCAUGCAGGUUAUGGAGAUGAUCAACGCUAACGCCAAGACCCGCGGCCGGGUCAUCGACUUCAAAGAGAUUCAGUACGGGUACCGGCGGGUUAAUCCCAUGUACGGGGCGGAGUACGUGCUGGAUCUGCUGCUGCUUUAUAAGAAGCACAAAGGAAAGACCAUGACGGUGCCGGUCAGGAGACACGCCUACCUUCAGCAGACCUUCAGCAAGAUCCAGUUCCUGGAGGAGGACGAGAUGGACGCUCGAGCGCUGGCCGCCAGGAUCAACCGAGGCUCGGAUUCGCUUUCCUUCCUCUCCAGUUCGCUCAAGAAGUUCGUACCGUUUAAGCUGGGCAGGUCAGCGGCUGAGCAACCAGAACCUAAAGAGAAGAAGGUGAACAUUCUGGUGCCGCUGGCUGGACGUUAUGAGAUUUUUGUCAGGUUCAUGACCAACUUUGAGAAGAUCUGUCUGAUUCCAAACCAGAACGUGAAGCUCCUGAUCCUUCUGUUCAGUACGGACAACAACACGGAGCGUGUGAAGCAGAUGGAGCUGAUGAAGGAAUAUCGACUGAAGUAUCCCAGAGCAGACAUGGAGAUGGAACCCAUUUCGGGGCCGUUCUCGCGCGCCCUGGCCCUGGAGGUGGGCUCGGCCCACUUCAGCAACGAUUCCCUGCUCUUCUACUGUGACGUGGACUUACUGUUUACUGCUGAUUUUCUCCAGCGUUGUCGUUCCAACACCGUCCUCGCCGAGCAGACCUACUUCCCCAUCAUCUUCAGCCAGUACGACCCCAAGGUCGUCUACGCCGGACAAGUGCCCAGCAACAACCACUACGUGUUCACGUCCAAGACCGGCCUGUGGCGACACUUCGGCUUCGGGAUCGUCUGCGUCUACAAGGGCGACCUGGUCCGGGCGGGCGGGUUCGACGUUUCCAUUCAGGGCUGGGGCAUGGAGGACGUCGACCUGUUCAACAAAUUCGUCCAGUCAGGGAUGAAACUCUUCAGGAGCACAGACACUGGCAUAGUUCACGUCCAUCACUCCAUCAUAUGUGACCCCAACCUCGAUCCCAAACAGUACAAGAUGUGUCUGGGCUCCAAAGCCUCGUCACACGGGUCCAUGCAGCAGCUAGCCGAGCUGUGGCUGGAGAAGAACGACCACGCCUACCGUCGGAUCAAUAGUUCAAACAAUGGCUCAGUGAGGACAGCAUAGACCCUGCCAACAUGGACCUCCCUAAUUACACCCCCGACCCACCCACCCUUACACCCCCCACCCACCCACCCGUCUUCCUCUUUACGACUACCUAAUUUAUUUUUUCAUAGCAGAGACUUAUUUUGAAAUAACUCCUUUUUAUAAAGUAUGUGGACGCCCCCCGGUUCAGACGGACCCUGAAGUGUUUCCUUUAUUAUUUUUCUUUCUUUUUUCUCUCUCCACAAACCCAAAACUUGGCCCCUCGUGUGAGGACUCUAAGUAUACUGUGUACCUCAGUGAUGCGCACGCCAAUCGCAGUGUGUUUGGAGGACUUACUUGAACGAGGAGUUAAUCCGCCUACGUGCAAAAAAAUAGUGUUUCAUAUUUUGUGAAUGUUUACAGGAAGUCACACAAACGCCAGAAAUGAUCUGUGGAAGUGUCUCGCAGUAAAGGGCCACAAACCGUCUGCAGUUCUGUAGCUUCUCUGGUUUGUAUUUUGACACUGUUUGUUUGUUUGUUUGUUUUCUUGUACUAUGAUGUUGAAUUUUGUGAACGGAACUGCUGGAACUUGGUUUGUUCAUUCCCGCUGUCUAAUUUAUUGAAUAUGCAGUAUCACCAACACGUUUCUUAUUUUGUCUUUAGUUUUUUUAUUUGGUUACCAAAGACUUGCUGUAGGUAUUGUGUACGAGUGUGUGUGUGUGUGUGUGUGUGUGUGUGUGUGUGUGUGAUCUGUAGGAUGCAGGUACUGAACGUCUGAUUAUUUUCAGCUCUGAAAGCAGAUGAACGUUUUUUUUACCCGGAAUUCAUCACUGAGGUUAAUUUUCUCUCACAGCUUUUUCAUUUCCGUGUUUUUGUUUCUGUGAUUGUUGUAAAUCUGCGGGAUCAGAGUUGGUUCUUCUGUCCAGGGGUGAUAAUGGAUCACCACCUCGCCUUCAGGACUGUGUCCUGCUCUUCCACAAUGUUCCACUCUCACACUCGAUCUGUGUUCGGGGUUUUUGUACCUCUGUUCUCUUCUGCCCUCAUUUAACUGAGAAAGGUUAUAUAUUAAUAAAUAAAAAAACUCUUUCAUAAA